UCAAACGAGCAACAUCAUCAUCAUGGAGAAUAUUACUCAAAUUAACCAAUCGACUUAUACUCACAAAAAGUUUUCCGCAAAUAAACGCCAACGUGAAAUGGAUUAUUUGUUGGAGCAGAAUAAGGAGAAUGAAAUACCACAAGGAUUGAAGAUGGAACCUUCCACCAAACGCCGCCAAACCAAGGGAUUCUUUCGUCCAUGGUUGGAUAAUGAGCAGAAUCGUGAGGUGGCAGCAACAACAACCCCACCACCAGCUCCAGUAUCAAAGACUGUUCCAGUCAGUCAAUAUCAUGCGAAUAUGGUGCGACAAUCCGUGUGCCGAAGACAACGUAGUCCCAAGGAGCAACAGCGUCGGGAUCGCAACACUUUGGCCUGUCUGCUCAGUCGACGGGCCAAGCAAGCCCAAGAACAACGUCUUGGCCAACAAUACGAACAAUAUCGUGCCCAGCAAUCAGCCAUUUUGGAGCAACAGGUUCGCCUCAGUCUCUACUAUCGCCAAUUGUUGCAACAGGCCAUCUUCCAGCAGGGCAUUAGUGCUCCCGAGCCCAUCGCCCUGCCCCAGCAGCAGCAACAAUUCCUCCAGCAAAUGGCCCUAUCACAGCAAAUGCUAAUCUUUGGUGCCCAGCAUUGACAGAACUGAAGUGCCCCCCAGAAGAAGGAGAGAUGACAAAUGACGAGUGGCAUUUACUAUUGACUAUGACAGCCCUCAAAUGUGAUUUAGUUUCAUAAGCAUUUAUUUAUUUAUAUU